GCCCGAUACCAUUAUGGCCAGUAUUCAUACAAACCCUGCUGUCUUGUUCGGCGUAGAGGGACAAGUCGCUGUGGUCACAGGGGGUGGCACCGGUAUCGGACUCAUGAUGGCUACUGCAUUAGAGAACAACGGUGCCACCGUGUACAUUAUUGGUCGAAGGCUUGAAGUCCUAGAAAAGGCUGCCAAGGAGAACAACAAAUUCGGAAAUCUCAUCCCGCUACAGGGUGACGUCACGUGUCGUCAGUCUCUCACACAGCUCGUCGAGACUGUUACAACACGCCAUGGCUAUAUCGACCUCCUUGUCAAUAAUGCCGGCAUCUCCCGCAAUCUUUUGCCCCCGAAAUUACCAUCCCCUCUGGAUGACCCUGCAGAUGCCUCCCCAUCCAUCAAGGCGUUCCAAAGUGUCCUAUGGGAUACUGGAUCGCCAGAAGGUUUUGCCGAGACGUUCGAUACGAACGUCACUGCCGUUUAUUUCACUACUGUUGCCUUCCUCGAAUUGCUUCAUCUUGGCAAUCUAAGAAAGGGUAAUUUACCACCUGUCAUAUCGCUGCGUCCACCAGGUUUCAACAAGGAACCCUGUGACAAUAAUGUUUCAAACGAUCAAGGCUUCACAUCCUCCAGCCCCUCAGUAGCCCAUCAUUCCUCGCCUCCAACACCCCUCUCACCUUUUACAUCCCUUCCUGCAGAAUCGCCUGCCACUAAUUCCACUCAGGCCGCUUAUCCUCCGGAGAAAUGCAUUCCACAGCCGACAUCUCAAGUUAUCACCAUAUCCUCAUCUGGCUCCUUUCGUAUCGAUGCGCGAGUCCUAUCUAUCUCUUACACGAUGUCAAAGAAUUCUUGCACGCACCUUGGAAGGCUUCUGGCUAACCUUUUGGCUGAUUGGGGUAUCCGUUCCAAUGUACUAUGCCCAGGCGUCUUCCCAAGCGAAAUGACAUCAACUCAACACCUCACACCUGCUCUUUUGGCUCAAGCCGUCCCUCUUGGGCGCGCAGGCACCCUGUCUGAUAUUUCCGGUCCUAUUCUUUUCCUAGCUGGCCCUGCAGGAGCGUACGUUAACGGCGCAGUGUGGCUGGUUGAUGGGGGACGAGUUGGCUCUGUCGCCAGCUCCUAUUACUGAUUCGACUGGGUGCCUCGGCCCACAUGUUUGUUUGUACCCCGCACUUAUUCAUGAGCGGUUCAAUGAUUAUCAUGUCGCCCAGCUACCGAACCAAACACCCUCAUCCGCGGCUUUCAUGAUUCCUUUUUUUUCAUCUGCGCUGACUCGGAAGGGGGCUGUUGAUAUUAUUAUCUUAUCAUCAAUUUCAUGCUGUUUUGCUUUGAUUCAUGAU